CAGCUAGAUCCUUCCAGAACCAGAGCUGGGGAUGGAGCAGGAGAACACAGCCUUCUGCGUCGCUCCCCCCAGGACUUCCUUGUGCAAAAGCUGUCUUUUGUGAGACCUGCAAAGCCCGACAGGAUGUGGGGGAGGAGCACUGCAUGCCCUGCUCUGAGCUCCCAUAGGAAGCCACCACUUUUGUUUUCGCUGCUUUUGCACCACUGCAGCACUUUUGGAGCUCCACAGUGUUGCUCCCAGGACUGAGUGGGGAAGAUGCCACUAAAGGAGAAAAAAGAAAAGGAGAAGCCUUGCAAUGACAACUGUAACCCUGGGCAACUGGGGGAGAGUGUGGAGAGCCUGAUGAAGAACAUUGAUGUGUGCCGCAGCGUGGGCCUGGAGAUCAUCAACAGGACCAAGACAGUGACACUGAAGGAGUUCAGGAGUUAUUGCUUCAGUGGCAAGAUCCAGACCACGCUGCCCUUUCAAAUUGGCCCGAACUCCAAAGGAAUAUGUGCCUUUGCAAAAACUCCCUACAGCCUGCGAGGGAGCGUGGGCAUUGUGGUCUGCAAGGCUGGUGGUUUCUUUUUGGCUAUCACAUUCUCCAACCCCUUUGACUACAUCCUUUACAAAAUUGAGUUUGCCUUGGAGAUCUUCACAGAGGAGAACCACCUGGGAAUCCUCAGUGAUAUCUUCUCCAAGACGAUGAAGAGUAAACCAUACUGCGGCUCCUCGCUCUUCCAGCGAGCCGCGCUGGGGUAUGAGCAUGGAACCCUGGAGGUCUCCAACGAGUACAUUCGUGUUCAAGCCAAGAUGUCCAACAACCAGAAAGCCAUCCUGAAAGUCCAGGUUGAAGACAUGAAUCCACCACCCUACAACAAAGUCAUGUGAGGGAAGGUGGGCACCACUGCUGCCAAAAGGAUCCCCUAUUCAGCAAGGACGCAGCAAGGCUUCUCCAGUGGUUUUGGAAAGAAGUGGAUGGUGAUGAUGGAUCCCAUGGGAAAUGGAAUCACCACCUCAUGGCUUUGCUGCAGGGCCAACAGUGUUCUACAGCUUGCAAACUAACUCAUGAUUACAUAUGAUAAACAAUAAAUAUAUUCUUACCCUCACAA